AUGAAGCGAAGAGAAAGGCCUUGCGCUCAGCCAGCGGCGAAGACAAGGCUGAGCCGCAAAGGCAAUAAGAGAAAGGCGGUCUUGGGCGAGGACAAGAAGAAGAAGCGCAGAAAAGGAGAGCGUAAGAAGACGGCACGCGAGGUGUCACCGUCGUCCAUUGACGAGAGCGGCGUGUCGGGCGAUCUCAUGGCACCGCCAGUGCCAAAGAAGGAUCGCAAAAAGGAGGACAAGAAGAGAAAAUUCCGAGGCAAGAAGAUGCGCUCGACAGGCGUCGCCUCCCCCGUUCCAACGCGCAGGGUCCGCAAGCGGAGAGAGCGACGACGUGGCGUCAUUGGGCCACAGAGACUCUGA